GCACAGUUGCGUCAUUCAGCUGACAGUCACAAAAUAUUUUGCAUAUCACAAGCUGAAGUUAAUGCGAAAACACAACUUAAUAACAAGUUAAUGAUAUUACGCCAUUUUCGAUUCGCUACAGUUUUUAGAUUUGAUCCAAGAAGAGGAAAGCAGUGUGAGUGGCCGCAGCUGAACUGGAACAAGCCAAUGAUUGCUACUUCCCGAGUACGUGCUAAAUAGUUCUUAGUGGAGAUCGGUAGACGUAAAUUCUUCGGGAAAGUUCUGGAAGUUUCUUUUCUGGAUCACGGUUGUUGAGUCCUUUCAAAGGCUUUCUGGAUCAUAUUGUGCAUCCCAUUGUGGUAUCCGGGAAAGACAGAAGGUUUAAUAGUGUUGCAGAGGGACGCAAUCAUGGCCGCUGUUCGACAAUAUUACUGCUAUCAGUGCAUGAACCAGACCCAGGCGGAUUCAGCUACGUUUACCUGUCGUCGGUGUGGAGGAGGAUUCAUCCAGGAAAUGCCUGAUGAUCCGUUCCCUCCUCCGCGCGAUAACAUUGCUGGCGAUCAGCCAAAUCGGCGCGUUACAUCCACUGGCCCUCGCGCCAAUGGAUCAGGGCCGCAGGGAGAUUUUUUCCGACCGAUGGGCAUGAGAAUGCAGUUUCCAAAUCAGCAGAGUGGAAUGCCGCCUGGUGGGAAUUUUCCUGCGGGAAUACGGCCAAACAUGGUGUCGGCACGCAGUACAUCUGUACCAGGGCAUAAUCCGCGCCCAUUCAUUCAAGGCCAAAUGACCAUCACACAGCAUGUGCCGGUGCCGGAAGGCAUGGGCCAGGCUUACAAUGCCCAGCGUUCAAUGUCCUUCCCCAUGGGCCAGCCGCGUCCUCCUGUACUCCCCGGCCAAAUGCAGUUUGUUCCUGGCCCUCCGCCCAUGAUGCACGUGCCCCAGCAAUGGCAACCGCGGAUGAUGAGCAUUCCAGUGGCCGAGAUGGCUCCUGGAGUGCCGGUUCCCAUGGCCCCGAUGAUGCCGCCGCCCGCUGGAAUGCCUCCCAUGAUGCCGCCGGGAGGCGUAGGUCCACAGCCUCAAGUUACCAUUCCACUACAGAUGCCGUUUUUUCGGCCAGCUAAUAUGAAUCCGAACAUGAAUGCUAGUAUGAAUCCUAACAUACACCCCAAUGUGAACCAUCAAGGACAAGUGCCUCCUUCCUUGGCCUCACAGGGCCAAGAAGCGCAGGCGCAGGGCCAGCAAGAUGGACUACUCUUGGUUGGAGUGGGAACUGAAGAAAAUGGACAGCCGAAUAUUCAAAACGUGUUUCAAAUCUUCGGCGGACCUUUUAAUAACAUAAUGGAAAAUUUGGAGGAAGCUGUUACGACACUUCUCAACCAACUUGCGCAGCACGGUGGCGCACCGCCUAUUACGCAAGAGGAUGUUGACCGAAUUCCCACGCAGGCAGUGACAAAGGAAAUGGUUGGUGAAAAUAAAUCUUGUUCUAUCUGCCUGGAAAAUUUCAACGUUACGGAGCCUUUCAAAGAAUUAGCUUGUACACAUCAGUUCCACGGAUCGUGCAUUGACCGUUGGUUGUUAAUUCAUGGAAAUUGUCCCAUCUGUCGAGCUCAUUUCGGACCGGAAAAUAAUAACCAGAACGCUGCUGAAGGAGUGUGGAUGCAGCAGUUUGCUGAUGCUGUUGCCGGCAACAAUGCGGGACUAGUGCAGCACAUUCCUAACGUCAUCCCGCACAUUCAUAUUCGUCCAGCUCAACAGCAACUGCCACCGCGCGGCCCUAAUUUGUGGUUCGGACAGGGACAGCAGCCGGCAUUUGCUCCGCAACAGCCACAACAGAAUACUACAUUUGCCUUUCAGCCUAUGUAUCAAAACCAGAACAUGGCGCGAGGUGGAAUGGGCGGACCUGUCAGAAUGCAAGAGCCCUUCUUUGCGCAGCAGCAACCUGCCGGUCGUGUGCAAAUGGCUAACUUGGGCGGAUCGUCGGCGAAUCAAGCUCCCAAUGCCCAUGAUGCUGUGGUGUGGAGUGGGCAGGUGUAUCUAAACGACCCGGCCAGACCGACCAUCGUUCUGGACAUGCAGGUUCAUCCGCAACAACCUGGCACAUCGCGACCCGGUGGUGCGGCACGUCCAACCGCUCAGCAGCAACCGCCAAACGCACAACCAAGAGUCGCAGAUCAACACCAGCAAGGGCCACGGAUGGUCAAUCCGGCUAACCCUCAAAAUUCUGGACAAAAUCAGGCAGGGCAAGGUAUUCCCCAAUUUUUGCAGUCUCUGGUUGGGUCUAUCACUCAGGCUUUUCGGCCCCAAGCGUCGUUGCCUGCAAAUGCCAACCCACCAGCCAGAAACGAUGCUGCUACCGCCAGUGGCGGAAAUACUUCGGCCAGUUCCAGUGGUCCUUCAGGGCAAUCUGGCAUUAGUGAUAUGUCGGAAGCUACUUAUACCAGCCCAAACCAACAGUCGGCGAAUCAGCGCGGAAAUCAGCCUCCGAACCGUAACCUGCAGGAUGAUCUGGAUUUUGACUGAGAAUCAAGACUUCUGUAAACAGUUGUGGGUGCUUUGCCUUUAUGAUAGUCAGGCAAAUUUGCUUUUUGGGUGAAAGACAGAUCUUUUUGGUUAUUUGUAUAUACUAUAUAGUUCGUGGAUUUGCCAGCUACUUAACGUGCUGUUUUAUUUUUUUAUAGCUUACGAUCGCAUCCCUUCUGUUAGUUUCCACUACGUACUGACUAUUUCUGACUUUUCGGUACCUCUUACGCUAUGAAAUCGAAAUUACUGAGAGAGUGACAGUUAACUGGCUAAUGCAGU